UUUCAGGCCCCAACAACAAUUCUUUUCACACCUGAAAAGGUUUUCCAUUCAUUUGGAUACCAAACAGAAGAUAAAUACGCUGAUCUUGCUGAAGAAGAUAAUCAUAAAGAUUGGUAUUACUUUAGGAGGUUUAAAAUGAUUCUACAUCAGAAAACUACAUUGUCAAGAAAAACAUUAUUGUAUGACGAAAACAAGAAAGCGAUGACGGCUUUACAUGUCUUCUCGUCUGCGAAAAAUUUUCUUAAAGACCAUCUUUGCGAUGAAAUAUCAAAGAAAAUGACAGAAUUUGAAUAACGGGAUAUUUUUUGGGUGCUGACUGUACCUGCGAUAUGGACAGAUGCAGCUAAAAAGUUCAUGAGAGAGGCUGCUGUAGAGGCAGAUAUUAGGUCAGAAUAUCUAUCCUUAGCACUAGAACCUGAAGCCGCCUCCAUGUUUUGCAAAUUACUUCCUGUCGACUGUCUUAAGCUGAACAGUUCGAAAUUCGUUGAGACGUUUAAGCCAGGAACAAGUUAUAUUGUCCUUGACCUUGGAGGUGGCACCGUUGAUUUGACUGUUCAUCACAUAGAGUAUGAUGGGAGACUUAGUGAGAUCGCUCGUGCAAGUGGAGGUGCAUGGGGUGGUACUCAAGUUGACGAAGCAUAUUUAAAAUUCCUUGAAGAAUUGUUUUGUAGAUGCGUUUUCCAAGCUUUCAGAGAAAACAACACAAGUGAUUUUCUUGAGAUGUUGAGAGAAUUUGAAAUAAACAAGAAUGAGAGCGUGAAAGAAGCAUUUUCAAACAAAAGAAUCAUCGUACCUAGCGAACCUGGAUUAGCCGUUUUAAAAGGGGCAGUACUGUUUGGCCAUGAUCCUUUGGUUAUGAAAUCAAGAGUAAGUAAAUACACUUAUGGAAUAGAGAUCAUAGAUAAAUUUGUCGAAGGACUAAGCCCAGAGAGGUACAGAGUUUUUGAAAACGGCAUUUAUAAAUGUAGGUAUACCUUUUGUCCAUUUGUUCGAGCUGGUGAAUUAGUUCCAGUUGGUAAAAUCGCCAGAGAACACUUGCUUUCAGAUACCUUUGAUGUGAAAGAAGCCUUGGAAUAUAUGCAUCUACAGAAGAAUAUCCAAAGUAUGUUGUUAAUGAAAGCUGUUUUCGAAUUGGAACUGUACACUUCGAUGCACCUCAUCAAUCCUACAUGCUUGAAAUGCAUUUUGGAGAGGCAGAAAUCUGUCUGA